AUGGGAAGAUCGCAAUUGGCGAUAGCUGUUGUUCUUGUAUCGACAUUGUUGUUGGUGAAUGUAGAGGCGAAAAGCGUUGAUCCUUAUAAGGUUCUUGGAGUAUCUCGGGAUGCAAAGCAGCGUGAAAUCCAGAAAGCUUUCCACAAGCUAUCUCUGAAAUAUCACCCAGAUAAAAACAAAAACAAGGGUGCUCAGGAGAAGUUUGCUGAGAUUAAUAAUGCUUAUGAGAUUUUAUCUGAUGAAGAGAAGAGGAAAAACUACGAUCUUUAUGGAGAUGAGAAGGGACAGCCUGGAUUUCCCGGAGGAGGUCAUGGUGGACAGAGUGGUGGGUUCAAUUUUGGAGGACCAGGUGGAUGGCAGAACAUGGGCGGUGGGGGCGGCUCCAAAUCAUUCUCGUUCUCAUUUGGCGGUCCUGGUGAAAGUUCCUCCGGUUUUGGGAUGGAUGAUAUCUUCUCCAUGUUCUCGGGAGGUGGUGGCUCUAAAGGAAGAGAUGGGUUUGGUGGUUCUGGUGGUUUUGGUGGCUUUGGUGGGUUUGGUGGCUCAUCAAAGGCUGAAUCAAGAUCAAAGAGUGGUUCAGCAGCUGCUAUCAAAACUAUAAAUUCUCAGGUUUAUACGAAGGAAAUUAUGGACCAUGGCAUGACUUGGCUUCUGUUGUCUUAUCUUCCGUCUCAAAGGGGAACUCAGUACCAUGAAUCGAUCGUAGAGGAAGUUUCUGAGUCAUUGCAAGGAGCUUUAAAGGUUGGACGUAUAAACUGUGAAACAGAAUCCUCUCUAUGCAAACAACUUGGCAUAGUGCCUCGUAGGGCUCCAAGGUUGUUUGUCUAUUCAUACACAUCGAGUGGAAAAACUACGUUAGCAGAAUAUACUGAAGAGCUUGUUGCAAAGAAAGUGAAGAGCUUUUGCCAGGAACAUCUGCCGAGAUUCUCCAAGAGGAUUGACCUAAAUAGCUUCGAUGUUUCUGCUGUUAGCUCACAGAAGACGCCUAAAAUUAUGCUUCUGUCAACAAAGAAAGACACGCCUGUCAUCUGGCGUGUUCUUAGUGGCUUGUACAAUGGACGUUUUGUCUUCUACAACACAGAGAUCCAUGAUACUUCUGAUCCAGAUGUUCGUAAAUUGGGCGUUGACGCGUUACCAGCAAUAGUUGGCUGGUUAUCGAAUGGGGAGAAGCAAGUCUUGAAAACAGGUAUCACUGUGAAAAAUCUGAAAUCAGCCGUCCAGGAAAUUGGUAAACUGCUAGAAGGGUUUGAGAAAAAGAACAAGAAGGUCUCUUCUAAUAGUCAGCCGGGGCAAGCACAGAGCGAGUCCUUGGAAAAGAUACAACUUCUCUCGAGAACAAACUUUGAUUCCAUUUGUGGAGAGAGCACUCCUGUGUGUAUCAUCGGUGCUUUCAGAUCUUCACAGGGUAAAGAGAAGCUCCAGUCAAUAUUGUCCAAGGUGUCACAGAAAUCACUGUCUCGACGUCAAGCCUCAGGCACAGUUACUCAGGACACAGUAUCUUAUUCUCUUCUCGAGGCAGCAAAGCAAUCUUCGUUCUUGAGUUCACUUGACAAAUCAGAGUUCAAAACAUCUGAUAAGAUCCUAAUAGCUUACAAGCCUCGAAGAGGUAAGUUUGCUACAUUCAAAGGCGAUAUGAGUAUGGAGGAAGUUGAGAAAUUUGUAGCGGCUGUUCUUAAUGGAGACAUACAGUUCACAAAAACUAGACAGAAACCUCAAGUCAAAUGA